UGGCAUUGGCUGUGCUAUCAAAUGUAGGUGGAAACGCAUCUUCCAGAUUGGUGCAACGAUUUAUCAAUAUGUUUACACAAUUUUUACAAAAUUAUAUAUCUCAGAAUGUUUUUUUAUUGAUAUUAUAAUGAUUAAUAGUAUAUUUAUAUCAAUCUAUGAUACUGUGUAAUGAUAUGUCACAAGAUCGCUCAUGCAUUAAUGUGCGGCCGAAUCAACUAGCGCAAAGUGGUUGUUCAACCAGUGUUGGUGUAUAUUGGAUGUUACAGAAAUGGCGCACUUGAAAUUGUGUUGCCGGGGGCGUGUAAACAAAUUUGAGACUUACAUCACAGGUGAUCUUAAAUUUAAAACAAAACGUCUUUGAUUAUUACAAAUUAAAUUCGUAGUUACACAAGAAUGAAUAAAAAUCAGAUAUUCCACGAUCCUUUCUUCUGGCAGCACUUCCAGAAACAAGUGCAAAACAAAUUUUGGAAAUGUGAUUUUUCCAACAGCCUUCUUCUGGACACUUUAACUCAUGACUCAAAACUCUACAAAGACGAUACCAUCUUCACGAAAAGAAGGGAAAACAUAUUGACCUGGCUCAACAACGAAAGCCAAUGGGAGACUAUAAUCUUGGGAGCUUGCUCAGAAUCAGCUACUCAACGUCUAGGACCACAUAGCCAAAUACUUAAAAAUCUUCAUAUUCUCGAAGCUUUUACGGAUUUUACAGAACACCUCAACUGUUUUUAUUCAGUAGCUUCUACAAUGUCCAUUCAAGGAGAAGUGGUCCAGCCUUUUAGUCAGUAUUCGUCCCAAGUCCAUGACAUAGAUAAACUGGAUCCAGUGAUGCUAGUAGGAUAUUCUGAACGCUUUGAGGACAAUAUGGCCACUUCUGUUUGGGACUUGUGCGUUGAUAGGCAUGUACAGAUUAAUCCACAUCAUCAGGGGCAUAGCGUAUGGCACAGUCAGGAUGAAGACGAGUCUUCUCGAAGUAUUAGAGUAGCAGCUUUGAGAGAAAUGGUGUGUGAUAAAGUGUCGAGACGUAUGCAAAAGAAUUUAAAUGGUGUCGUAUGCAAAGAUAUGUGGAAUGUCGACAUUGUUUUCUUUCAGGGGCUUCCUCAAGGAUGGAUGGAUAAAGCAGACGGUAUCAUGAGACUCAUGAAGCAAAAAGGUGUCUCCAUGAUAAGUUAAUGCAGAAUUUCAUAUUAAAUAAGAAUAAGAAGAUUAUGUGUAAACCAAAGAUACAAUCCACUAUUUUUUUAAGAAAAUAAUAAUUUAAAUAUGUAAGAUAUUCGUUGCUUGUAUUAUGCGUGUUAAUAUUUCAGUGACAGUCAAAAUAUAUCUCCUGAAUUCCAAAAUUUGUAUAACUUAUAACCGUAAAUUAAUGAAUAAUUUAAGAUCGAAAGUAUCUAAUUUUAUAAAACUCAUGUACGAAAUUCUACGUCUUCCGAGCUCAUAUCUUAUUAAAUUUUAGCCUUUUAUGUCAAUAAAUAGUCUUGUUAUGUGAAUUCAGAUUAAAUUAUUUCGCAGUAUUUUAUAUUCUUGAUGUUGCUAAAUUUUCUGGCACUUAAAACAAUAUUAUUUGUAUUAAAAAAGCAUCAAUUAUAAUUUUUGAAAUUUUCAUAUUAAAAAAAAUAAUGAGUCAUUAAUGACCUUUAAAAGAUGUAUGCUUAAUUAACAUUUAAUUGUGUUUCAUUUAUGAGUGAGAAUAUAAUUUAAGGAUAGAAGUUGGUUUUGAAAAUAUUAUUUGAUAUUCAUUGUAAUAUUAGAUGAUGAAAGUUUUAUCGGAUUACCAUCAUUAAAUAAAAUAAAGUUUAAGAAUUACCAUCAUUAAAUAAAAUUUCAUGGUAAAGUUAACAUAGGUUGAAAAUAAAUUUUUGAGACCUUUGUAGACUUUCAUUCUAUCACUUUAAAAAAGCAUUUUGAUUGUAAAUAACAUAUGUUGAUUCCUAAAGAGAUUUUUCUAUUAUUGGUAAAUUGAUAUUCUACUAAUUUGCAUGUCAAACGAAUCAAAUGAAUUUUUUAAUUAAAAAAUAAUUUCAUAGCAUAAUUAUUUUUAUUUUUUUAUACAAUGAGAUUAUUUUUAACUGUUUCAUUUGUAUGUGUUAAUGCACAUUAAAAUACUUCGUUAAAGACAGGUGUGUUUUAUUCAUUCAUAGAAUCCUGAAUCGUCCAAUUAUAAAUAAUUGCCUGGUAAUUACCUUCUAGGCAUAAAUAAGUAUUAUACUAUUCAUUUUGUCCUCCUUUAUAAUCUGUUAUUUAUACAAAACAGAUAUUCUAUGUUAAUUUUUUGUAUAUCUUGAAAAGUUUAUUUUCGUUAGCACAAUAAAAU